UUUCCGGCGUGCUGACGCGCGGGCGGAGGAUGCCGGCGGCCCUGGCGGCGCGGAAGCGGCCGCCGAGCCGCGUAAGGGCUGGGUGGGAGCUCGCGUGGGGCCGCGGCCGCCGUUGCCGCCGCCAUGGUGGCGCCGGGCGCGCGCCGGCAGCCGUUGUAGCCGGUCCCUGCGCAUGAGCGGCGAGGGGCGGGCGGGGGGCGGCGGCGGCGGUGCCCUGCCUGCCCCCCACGGUCCGGGCCAGCCGGCAGCCGGGGUGGGGGCGGCCGGCUGCCCUAGGCGGAGCGCGGCGGCGGGCGGCGGCGGCGACGGGUGUGGGUCCCGCGGUCCCGCGGAACGGAGGAUGCCGGAAAGCCAGGAUAAUUUUCAAGGGUGGAUGACGGAACCAGCCAGCCUUUCUGUGGGUGCAGAACAGACACAGGAAAAAGAGAGCGUUACCAUAGAGUUGAUGAAACAUGAAAAGGAAGCUGGUGUUCCUUCUAAUGAGCCUUGUUCAGCUGCUGACCCGAAAGAGCGAUCUACAUCGGAAAUAAGAAAAGACUAUGUGUGCAGAAGUACUGGGAGACCCGAGGAGGCAGAUAUGAUUAAAUCACUUGUGACAGAUCAGGAUGCAUCUGGAAAUUGUGAACUAUAUCUGGCUCUGCCUAGUAAUUGUUCAACAGUGGAGUCAUCUGAAGACAGUGAGGAGGACAUGUACCGUGAUGCAGAAGAAAUAGAGAGAGAAAAAAUAUUACUUUGUGUGAGAAGCUUUUCAGAAUACAAACUAAGUGUUGCACCUGAAAUAGACAUCAUGGAGUAUUGCAGAAAAGAAUGGAGAGGAAAUACACCAGUAGCAAAAAGAAUGAGAAAGGGGUAUGAAGCAGUUGCUCAGAAGUUUGCAUCUAUAAGGAGAGUACGAGGUGAUAACUAUUGUGCGCUCAGAGCAACUCUGUUCCAGGCACUAAGCCAAGCCACCCAGUUACCAAGCUGGCUGCAGAGUGAGGAUUUUACUAUGCUUCCUGAAAACUUGAUGAGCAAAUAUGACUGGAUCAAGCAGUGGCAGCUAAAACAGAAACUGGGCAAGAAGAUGGGAGAAAUAAGUGAUGAAAUUAAAGAAUAUUUAAUACUUCUAAGGAAAAAGUGGAAGAAUAUAAGUGAAAUCAAGGGUCCUAUUGAGAAACAAGAAGCUUGUGAUAAAUUGUUUAAAAACGAAGAGGAGGAGUAUAGUCUCUAUGAAGCACUGAAAUUUUUGAUGCUUAACACUGCCAUUGAAUUAUAUAACGAUGAUAAGAAUGGAAGGAGAGUUCCUGUCUUCUCAUGGCUACUGUUUGCACGGGACACAUCUAGCAACCCUUGUCAGUUAAUGCGUAAUCACUUGAAUCACAUUGGGCACAGUGGAGGCCUUGAACAAGUGGAAAUGUUUCUCCUUGCUUAUGCUCUGCAGUAUACCAUCCAAGUGUAUCGACUGUAUAAAUAUAGUACUGAUGAAUUCAUCACGCUUUAUCCCAAUGACCCAGAGGAGGACUGGCCUGUGGUGACUCUCAUAACUGAAGAUGACAGACAUUAUAAUAUUCCAGUCAGAAUGUGCCAAGAGACUAUGCUGUAAACAAAUGAUUUUUGGCAGACAAACCUGUGCUGCAUAUUCAGGUUUCCAGUGCUAUUUUGAAACAGGAUGGUGAUGAAAUCUGCAUUAUUGAAUCUACAACUUGAAAACCAUGUUUCAGAAGUUUACAUCUGAAGUAAGAUAUCAAAAUAGGUACUAGCUUAAAGGGUGAACAUUUUGCAAGUAUGGCUUUUGUUGCCUAUUAAAAAACAAACCAGGAAACUUCUCCAGUCUUUUUUUUGAAGGGCUUACUCUGAGUAGGAAUGCAAAAAGUGUAGAUGUACUUCUUUUAAGAAGAUAGGUGAGCCUUUGUGGUAAGAAAUGCUCUGAACUUCUGCUCCCUGAAAUAAUGGGAUAAUGAUGAAUUGAAAUUUCUAGAAAAGUAAGCUGGCAGUGUCCUGACUGAUACUUGUAAUGCUGCUUAGAAGUAAUUUGUUCAAAUCCUGGGUCUUGGGAAGCAAUGUAAUUGUUUUGCAGUUGGAAUUUAAUGCCUGUGGUGGUUUAUGCUAUAAGAGAGAUGUUAUUUAAAGUUUUCUAAUGCUUUGGGUUUUUUUCCAACAUGAAUAUCUCUUAUUCAGAAGCCAGUCUGUUACACUGAAAAUGAAGAGCUCUUCCGCUUUCCAUCCCUUGAGAGGAUCAUGGCAAAGAGGCUUGAUAAUAAGGGAGUAUAAAAGUUGUUUGUUAGUAGGUCACCAAUUCAAAAUCUACACAGAAUUCCCUCUUCAGUUAUGAUCACUUGAUCAGGUAACCACAUGCCCACCAACUUUCAUGUCUGUUCAUAGUACUGUUCCUGUAAUGUUAACCCUCGCUGGUAGCUGCUGUGGAGAAGGUCAGGAUUUUAAUUUGCCAGAGUGAGGUAGACGGAAGUAGACUUCUGGUGCAACUCCUCCACUCUUGGGAGGAGUAUGUGGGCGGUUCUGUUUCUGCUUAGAGUUAUUCAUUAUGCUUUAAACUGAAGGAAUACAGAAUAUAUUGGAUGCUGGGAGUGCUGACAUACCUUAAAAAUAAUUAAAUUAAUUUAAAUAAUUAAAUAAAAGCUUCACCUUUAGCUUAAAGUGGAAAUAUGCCCUAGAGAUGAUUCUCGGAACAAGAGAGCGAAGGUUGAUUUAAAUGACAUGCUGGUCGUACACAGGUCACUUGGCUUCUCCUAGAGGCCUUCUUACAGAAAAGGGAUCAAAUAUUCUGGAGGAAAUGACAUGCAGAACUUCUGGCAUGCAAAACUUCAAAUUCUCCUGUUCUACUUAAAAUGAAUUUGUUAACUUUUAUUGUGAAAGGUAAUUACACAAUGAGAAUGUGUAUUCUAACUGUGUGUUCUAAAAUGUGUUUUAAGAUCCAUUAAGAUAAAUCUCACUGAGGUCCAUCAUGUACAGAGUGUUAUAUUUAUCAGGUUGUCUUUGCCUUUUAAAGCAACUAGUUUGAUCAGUUAAUGAAAAUUUCUGGGAGUUACAAGAGAAUAAAAAUAAACCACUUCAUUUGGCAGUA